AUGCUCAGGACAAGAAACAAUCUCGAGCGGCGCGAUGACUCUAAGACAUGUCCACUGGAAGAUGCUCAUGGUCCACAGAUCAUUCCCUUCAUCGGCAACCUCACAUUCCACCAAUUCGCAACGAUCUUGUCCGGUGCCUGUGCCAUUCUCAGCACGUUGAUCGUUGGGGCAUUGAUCGCGCUUCACGCCUUCAACUACUCGAACCCCGUACAACAACGGCAGAUCAUCAGGAUCAUGCUUUUGAUACCAUGGGUCGCUCUUUUCUCUUUCCUGAUCGUCUGGCAAAGCGACAUUGGAGAAUACCUAGCCCCUUCACGCGACUUUGGUUGCUCGAUCGCACUUUCGUCCUUCUUACUGUUCAUGUGCGAUCUUGUCCUAUCGCACCAGGAAGGAUUCGAUGGGUUGUUUGGAGAGGGUGCCAAAGCCAAGGGUGCGCGCAAAAUGAACAGUCCAACGUGGCUCAGGCGUACCUGGUACGGCGUACUCCAGUUUAUACCGACUAGCAUCGUCAUAUGGAUCGCCACGGCAGCUACCCUCGCUACUGGUACCUACUGCCAGCAGUCUAAUGACGUGCACUUCGCCCAUCUCUGGCUCACCAUACUCAUUGGCUACACUACAACGGUCGCUAUCGUUGGCUCACUGAGGUUCUACAAGAAAAGCAAGAAGUUGCUCCAGAAGCAUCGGAUCAUACUCAAACUGUUUACAUUCAAGGGUAUCCUCGGUCUGAACUUUCUCCAAUCGUUCAUCAUUUCGCUGCUUGCAGGCCACGGAAAGCUGAACCCUACAAAGUACAUGACGUACCAUGAUGUCAAUACUGGUCUUGCGUCACUCAUUCUCGCCUGCGAAAUGCCCCUUUUCGCCGUACUUUUGCUCUUUGCAUUCUCGCCAUUACCGUAUAAGCAGCAGGGCAGUCCUGCCGCUGGACCACUCAAUGCCAUCGUCGAUGCGUUCAAUCUCUCAGAUCUACUGUCAGCGUUCUAUCGGGGCCCUAUGAGAUUGGUCAGGGACCAACAAACACAGAUCAGGCGACAGGAAAGUGUUAGGAUUGCAUUGGUCUCAUCCAGUGAUGAGGAAGAGAGGAGAGGCUGCUCUGUCCCGUCCUUCCUUUUGUUGGCAAAAGUUCUCGUUCUGAAGAUCAGGUCAAUUCACACAACGACCCAGCGACCGUGUCCUCAUCUGCCGGCGGAGCUAUGGGCGCAGAUCCUCCAUCACGUGGAAGACGAGUACACGCUUUGGGUCAUCUGCCGACAGGUCUCGCGAACCUUCCGGGCUGAAGCCGAACGCGAAUUUGCUAAGACACGUCUUCCACAGCUGCGCAUCAAUUGGGCAUCUAUGGGAGAAAUCAUGCACGAAAACAGGCUGCAUGAAUUCGAUUGCAACGUCGAAGAUCUAGAAUUCCAAGGUCUCACUGAGGAUGGUCUACGAGCUCAAUUCACAGCCGCAUUUGAAUAUGAACUGCGCAAUCUGGAGGCACUGAAAAAUCUGGAGGCGGCAUAUGUGCGAAGACUAUACGAUCGGACGCAGUACAAACCCUUGUUGGAAAAGACCUUCGCCGAGCUGAUCCCCUUUCGCUACCUAGACUUCAAGAAGCGAGUCGACAGGCAAUACUGGACAAGACAAAUGGCUUUGAUUGGCGGUUAUGUCGGCAACGCCCAGCUUACGGAUGUAUCGAUCGACCUUGACAACAAAACCAUCGCUUUCGAUUGGAAGACCUUUUUGAACGACUUCUUCCAGCUCACCACCUACGUUCGAGCACGAAGGCCGACUCAAGGAACCGUGAGCGACCUGGCGAAACAGGCGUUCGAAGCCUUUCGUCUCCAAAAAUCCCCUUACACCAAAACGCGACUGGAUACGCUUCGGUUGGAGCGCAAAUCGUGGGAACAUGUCUAUGGUGAAGAGGACGACGACUGCCAUACAGAAGCGUACUUCCGCCGCAUACGAUCCGCACACAGCGAAGCUGGACUAGAUUUCGAUCUAAACAAUAUGAUGGAUGGUAUGGACGAAGCGGAAAUCAGGAAGACGGAGGUCAAGGCUACCGCACUCAUGAGAUUGUUCAGGAACAUUCGGUUGAUGAAUAGCUUCCGUGACGGAUACGAGAGCGAUGGAAGCAACGGGGGAAGUCCAUGA